AUGAAGCCUGGACCUUGCUCAUGUCACAAGAAACUUGCAGCACAUCUUCCAUCACAGUACAGAGUGCAGAACUCGCAAUACACAGGAACCCUUAUCGGCGGUGAAAAGAACGGAAUGAAGACGCACCGAUUCGUGUCAAUCCAAAAGUUUAUGUCGGCCAUUCCAAUCAAUGUGCAGCUGGUAUCUUGUGCUUCGCUUCGCACUGCACGAAUUAUGGCCAGCCUCGAAUUCCCAUUGAUCUACAUGAGUGGUAAGAAACUUGUCGAUCCUUACGCCGUCAAGAAAUUCGGUCCCUCGGUAAGGCACAGAUCAGUUAGCCAAUCUUCGCUUCAGAGCACCUAUGGCACUCAUGAAAGCACUUCCAACCCUCCAAGGCAACGAUCUCCAUCUCAGCCACGGUUGCCCUUCCAGAGCUUGAAUGAGACUUCUGUCCUUCUCCGCCCUCCUGGGCCCCUCGAGAGUAUGCUCAAAACGACUACAGAGACGGGCGACCUGGGUAUUUAUUCUAUCAAUCUGCCAUCUUUAGGUACACGCCAUCACCUCCCUCGCUCAAGAGCUAGCCACAGGGACAAGAAACGACAAUCUCAGUCUCGACAUGAUGGCUCCAAAUACGGUGCAACAAGAGACGACCGUAAACUGCUACCCUCAUAUCGAGACCCUACUUCCGAGAUUCUUUCACUAUACGGCGGUUCUCAGACCCCCUAUUCCAGGUCUUACUCCCCAGCUUCGGAAGAUCAGCGUUCGCAUUCCUUGACAACUUGUAGUUCAAGGCGAGUGCCUUCUUACAAAUCCUCAGGGACCUUCAGCAGUCAGCAAAGCAAUAGUGGACUUCAACGUCCUCGCUCACCAUUUCCAUACCCAGCGCGUCUGAAGCGGCCUGGGGUCCGGCCUUCUUCGCCAGCAGUGACAGAUAACGGCCUCGUUGAUUACAGAAGAAUGGUUGAGAUUGACAGGUCCGCACACCUAUACCCCGAAUCUCCCUAUCGCCAGUUUGUUGCUGAGGACCAGAGUAUUCGCUCGGCUAGCUUGACUUCUAUAGUAGAAAUGUAUCGGGGGAAAUCAUCAGAUGGCUCUGUGCAACCUACCCGGUCUCCCUGUUCAGUUUACUACGACUACACCGAAGACUGCGAAGAGACCUUCUCGGACCAUCUGCUAAAUGGAUCACCAGUUUGUUCUCCUGGUGAAGACUUGAAGCACAUGUCAAAAGAAAAUGCCAUACAGGAUGCAAGCAUAGAAAUCGACACUGAAGACAAAGGCCAUUGUGACUCCCACGAUAAUUCGAAGAUAUCGCGCGAGCCUGCGUUGCGUGGCACGGGUACAAACCCUCGAGGGGACCCGGUCAAGGAACACAAUUUUGCAACUUCAACUCUAGCGAAACGUGUAUCAGCUGUUCAAUCUAGUGACUCGAGUGACUCGGACUGGGUAUGGGACAAACCAGAGGAUACCACAGUCGUCGAAGACAGCCAAGUUGUUCAGAGUGUCAGUCGUGUUCCCUCCAAAGCGACGGCUCCAUGCUUCGAGGAACGGCGGCCACAGAUGAAAGAAAAUUAUACGGCUAAAAAGCUACCAUCUCACUCAGAACAGCAUCAUCUCAAUGCUAGCAUAAAUAUUGGAGACCAAGAUCACGCAAGCAAACAAGUCACAACCGAACAGGAUGUGCAGGAAUCGAAGAUCCAUGCAAAGAUUCUGUCGCCCAGCCCGAUCUCACCUGCACAUCAGCUGAGACUAUCGAACAGCAUACCCCAACUAAUGAAGGCCUUGCCACCAUUGCCCCAUGAGACGCAAUCUAGCAUCCAAAAUUCUUGUGCGGCCUCAUCUGAGGAUACCCGAGCUCACACAAAUAUCGACGGCAGCCUUGUCGAUACCUCUGUUGUGGUUCGAUCAGGAAACGGUACCGACGAGCCAUCCUUAGAGCCUGUGUUCAGUAGUAAUGACUUGAGAACCCCGUCCCAUCAGCGGAUACAGAGUCAACCUCAUAUGAGUCAAUCACGGUUCAAAGUUCGCGUGAAGUCGUCUCAGUCAAGUGGGCUUCACAGCAAAUGGAUUGCCGACUCUCCCAAAGUUACGGGAAGAAGCUCCAGCAGUCCUGUCAAGCCCAGACUUAGGCUCAAGGUAUCUCGCAACCGCGUGAGCAGUAAAUUGAUGGACCUCGAUGAUAUUCACAUACGAAAUGAGGGUAUUCGACAAUGCAAGUCACUCCUGGAAUUGGGAGAUGCUCCUCAGGGAGAGGCCUCGUCAGACAGGUCCAGCUUUGAAGAACCACUUGAGGAACAGUUGGCUCAGCUUAAUUCCGGCAAACGACUUUCGAACAUUGACGAGGGUACCGCGCGAGUAUAUUCACCACAAAUAUCUGACCAAUUCGACAUUUCCUAUCCGUCCCCGACAAAAGGAAUAGUGAUGGCUGAGUUGGUGCCUCGAUCAAAUCUCGAGGGUAGCCCAGAUUCAUUCGACCGCCAGCAACAGGACUUCGUCAGUAGAUCCACUCCGAGACCCCUGGGGUACAAGACGUCUGGCCCUCAACCAAAUGGAGUGAUGGGGAUAAAAGGUAGGGAAUUGAUGGCUACGUCCAAUAUUCAUGAAAUUGAUCCAGCAACGUUGGGUUGCGACAUUAUUUCUGAUAGUUCGGACGAAUCUACCUUGGCUCCUAGCCAGAUCACUGUGCUGUUGGCGCAACGACUAAAAAACAAGACGCUGCGAGUGAAACGCUGGGUGUUGGAACUGAAGCGGACAGUACAAAAGUUGGUGAGGAGAACAUCGAAUCGACGGCAAUAG